CUGAUUUUAUUAAGAAUUGGAUCCAUUGUUGUAUGAAAAGGGGAAGAACAACUAUUAAAAAUGAUGAUAAGAAGAUGGGUAACAAGGAUUUUACAUUUUUCAAAAACUUUGAAGAAUUUGACAAGCGAAUUAGGAUAAAAGAGAACGUGGAAAAGACUAUUCUAUCAACAUUAAUCCUUAAGAUCGAGAAUGCUACAUACAAGUCGACUCUUAAGUCUAAGAGUUUGGAGGAAAUCCUUAUAUCUUCCACACAGACUGAGGAUAAGGUCCCAAAAUAUGCUAAAUAAUGUGCUCAAGUUUCUGAAUACACCACAUAUGGUUUGCCAAGGGCUGGUGGAGUCUGAUCUUGACUUAUUGAUAGCCCUUAGAGUGACAUGAUUUAUAUAAUUCUUUUCACCCAAUGCAAGGAACAAAAGAAGAUUAAGUACUUCAUCCGGUGUGCUGAACAACAAAGUGACCAUGAAGUUUCCUUCGAAGACACUGAGUACUCUAGCGAGGUGGUUUUCUAUAAUAAAGACAAAAAGUUGCUAAAAGUUAUGGCUGAAAUAUAUGCUUCUGCGAUAAUCCCCUUCAUCCAGAUUACCAAGCAAGACUUGAAGAUGUAUAAGGAUUUCAGAGAUUUUGAGCUUGCGGCGACUACAAACCCUCAAAUUUUCCAUGACUUCUCGAAAUUCAUGGCUUGUGAGUACCUUUUUGAAAGAGACUCAGUUUCAGAAUACAGUGGAUCAAGUAAAAGAAUUUUGAACAAGAAGGAAUUCGGAGAGCUGCUCUUAAUCAAGUACAAAUAUGUCUUUGAACCCAGAAUUAUUAGAAGGAAGUUCACUGAGUUCGUGGAUUCCCAUGAAUUUCAGGCAUUUCGUAACCCAACAAUUUUCGGUGAUCCUUCCAUUGUUCCAGACUCAGAACAGAUGUCUAUCAGAAAUACUAUCGAUGGGGAGUACCUCAAAGGUCCCUUCUACAAGGAUAACAAUGUUCAUGACAUUCCAAUCCCGAAGUCAGGUAAAAACAGUGAACUCCUCGAUCAGGAUUUCCCAAAAAGGCGUGAAAGAGUGGAUAAAUUCAAAGCAAAUAGAUCAGACAAGAAAAGUAAAGAGAAGAAGGCACAGUAUCAAGAAGGAGGAUCAGGAUCGGCAGCUUGUUUAGAUAACUCCAGCGAAUCAGAAGACCCAAAAAGUAGCAAAACAAGAUAUAGAGCAGAUGAUACAAUUAAUUUAUUCAGAAAAUCAAAUCUCUCCUUUGUCGGAGUGACUAAGGAUUAUAAAAAUGAAGAUGAGUUUAUCAAAGAUUUAAAGAGACGUUAUGGCUCUAAACUUAUUGCCUUAUUCAAAACUCUCUUUGAUGUUAGCAUCAUAGAAGGCAAAUAUAAAUGCGACUAUAGAGCCUGUAAAAUUCCAUACAUAAAAUCAGACUCUUUUAACAGCUCUGAGGAAGAAAGGAAAGACUCAAAAAGAUGUAACCAGGAGUUUAAUCACUCAUUCAAAUUCCUGAAGAUGGCAGCAGUUGAGGAGAGUAGUUCUAGUUUGAUUACUGGCCAAAACUACCUUAAGAAAGUAAUCACAAACAAUACGAUUCCAAAGGAUUUUCAGAAGUUCUAUAAUAACACCUACAAUGGCUCUGGAAUCUUGAACUGUUACUUACGCAUCCUUGAGGUCUAUUAUGAACUUCGUUAUGAAAAUCUAGAUUACAUGAAUUUCGCCAAAAACCACAAGAAAAUCAAAUUCUUUGAAACCUGAAUUUUCUCUGAACUAAGAAAAGAGCAUAGCACAGGGGAGAUUUCCCAAAAUUUAGAUGAGGAACUGCAGGACUGCAAGGACUAUGACUAUCUGAUAAUCCCUAUUACGAAAAGGCAAGUCCCUUACUUAUUCAUCGUGGAUCAGUCUAAGAGCCAACUCAGAGUAAUCCUAUACUAUAUCGAAACAAGCAUAAAAUCUGACUAUGAAGAACGAAUGACUGAACUAAGUGGGAUUAUCCUCACCCUUCUUAAGCCAAGAGAGCUUCCAGACUCUAGUAAUGAGAAGACUGGUUCUAAAUCUAUGAAAGAGUUUAAUGAGCAAAAUGUCACAGGUCAAAGUGUCAAGGUCCAAAGCCUAGCCCAAAUGUGCGAAGUCGUUGAGAAAGUAGUCAUGGGUGAUAAAAGAAAACUCAGUAAGAUGAAUGAGGAAGAAGUCAGACAUAAAAUCAUUGAUGUGAUCCUGUCUGUUUAUUUAUUGUGAUAAACCCAAAAAUGGCAAUAUUCGUUAAUGAGAGUAUUUAUAUUGAGAAUCAAUAUC